AACCCACUUAGUCUUUCCUUUAUAAAUACACGUACAACUCUGUGUCUCUCUUCAAUUCCCAACUUGUUUUGGCAUCACACAAGAUUGAAUGGGGGGUAGCUCACCGUGCGCUUCAUGCAAGCUCCUGCGGCGGCGCUGCGCCAAAGACUGCAUCUUCGCUCCCUAUUUUCCCUCCGACGACCCCCUCAAGUUCGCCAUUGUCCACAAAGUCUUCGGCGCUUCCAAUGUCAGCAAAAUGCUGCAGGAGCUGCCGGAGCAGCAAAGAGGAGAUGCAGUGAACAGCUUGGUUUACGAGGCGAAUGCGAGAGGUCGAGAUCCGGUGUACGGGUGCGUGGGCACCAUAUCGUACCUCCAGAACCAAGUGUCGCAGCUACAAAUGCAGCUGGCGGUGGCGCAGGCUGAGAUCCUCUGCAUUCAGAUGCACCAAGACAAAUCCUAUUUCCUGCAAAACGACUUGCUCAAUAUUCCUAUUCCUAAUGCUAAUUCUUUCAACAAAGAAUCUCUAUACGGACAUGACAUGGUCUCCUAGCUACCUAUAAUUCAUAUAUACUAUCUAAGAUGCCCAUGUUUUUACUUGGUCUUAGAUGCCUUGCAUAAGACUCUUAAUUUUAAUUUUACUAAUAAUGGCUUCCGGAAUUUGCAGCAAUCUUCUUCAUAUUAUGAUUUUUUUAUAGGUGUCGCACUAUCACUUGAUGUGUAUGAUUUGUAUACAUAAUCUUACGAUUGAUUUCAUAAAAUUCACUUGUUGUA